AUGAAUCAGUAUCACCAUUUCUUUCUUCAUCGAAAAGCUUCCAAAUUUCUUCAUCACAGUUUCACUAUUUUCCGUUCAAUGGGCGGCGGUCCCCGUACUUUCCCCGGCGGUCUCAACAAAUGGCAAUGGAAGCGCCUCCACGAGAAGAAAGCUCGCGACAAGGAAAACCGACUCCUUGAUCAAGAGAAGCAGCUUUAUCAGGCUCGAAUCCGAUCUCAAAUCCGAGCUAAACUCACUUCUUCUGGUGAACAAUCGAAUUUGAGCAAUGAACAACAGCCUAACUAUAGCCCUGUUUCACCACAAGACCAUAUUAGAGGUCUAGCUGAUCGGUUCAUGAAGGAAGGUGCUGAGGAUUUGUGGAAUGAAGAUGACGGACCGGUUAAUAUUCCGCAGAUAAAUCAACAAAGCCAAGGUAUUAGUGAGUCUAUUGAUUUGCGGAAAUUGAGAGAUACUAAGUUUAGUGAUGUUCCUCGAAGUUACAGUUUUCAGCAAGCUAGACAUUUUUGUACGAAUGUUAGGGAUGUUUUUGCGGAAAAUUGUAGGACUAGAAAUCCAGCUUGUUCGGAUAGUUGGUCAAGACAAAACAAAUUUUUAAUGUUUGGAUGGAGGUUGGGUAAUACUGAGAAUAGAAAUGCGAAUAAUUUGAAUGGAUUUUUGAAUUUUAGAUGCUAUUCUGUAGAUAGAAUGAAUGGGAAUAGGUUGAGGAAAUUGGAUUUUACUAGAAAUGAGAGUUCGGAAAGUGAGGAUAAGUCGAGAUCAGUGGGAUUGGUGGUGAAGGGUGAUGAGCGAAAAACAAAAUGGCCAAGGUUUCGACCGAAAGCUGAGGAGUCAACUGAUGAAGACGAUGAUGAAGAUACUGAGGUGGAUGAGGAUGAGGAGGAAAGACGUAGAAGAGGGAGUGUAAAGAUGAUGAGUAGUGCUGCUCUAGGAAAAUAUGAUAUGAAGACAAAGAAGAGAGUUCCAUUGAAGUUUGUGGAAGAUGAAGAUGAUUUAUCACUGCAUGUCGCGGCGAUAAGGAAGGAGGUUAAAGGGCGGAGUAUGCAGAAAAUUGAAACCGAAGAAGACGAGAAGGAAACGAUACUUAGCUCUAAAAGGUUUGAUGAAUAUGAUGUAUCUCCUUUGACAGUCAAGGCCCUUACUGCAGCAGGUUAUGUGCAAAUGACUAAAGUGCAAGAGGCAACACUUUCUGCUUGUCUUGAGGGAAAGGAUGCUUUAGUUAAAGCAAGGACAGGCACAGGCAAAAGUGCUGCGUUUUUGCUUCCAGCCAUUGAAACAGUUCUGAAGGCCUCACGUAAAAAGAGUGCCCAAAGGGUCCCGCCAAUAGAUGUACUUAUUCUCUGUCCCACGCGAGAACUUGCUAGUCAGAUAGCUGCUGAAGCUAAUGUGUUGUUAAAGUACCAUGAAGGCAUUGGUGUGCAGACACUAGUUGGAGGGACACGGUUCAAAGAAGAUCAGAAACGCCUAGAGUGUGAUCCAUGCCAGAUUAUAGUUGCAACACCUGGUAGAUUAUUAGAUCACAUUGAGAACAAGUCUGGCUUCUCUACACGAAUAAUGGGAUUGAAGAUGUUAAUACUUGAUGAAGCUGACCACUUACUGGACCUUGGGUUCCGGAAAGACAUCGAGAAACUUGUUGAUUGCUUGCCUCGACGAAGGCAGUCCCUACUCUUUUCAGCUACUGUCCCGAAGGAGGUCCGUCGCAUAUCUCAACUUGUUCUGAAAAGAGAAUAUGACUAUGUUGAUACAGUGGGGCUUGGACUGGAAACGAAUCCAAAGGUUAAGCAAUUUUAUCUAGUUGCACCGCAUGAACAACAUUUUCAACUUGUGCACCAUCUUUUGGCAAGCCAUAUCUCAGAAGUGCCUGAUUACAAGGUCAUUGUUUUUUGUACAACAGCUAUGAUGACAUCCCUCAUGUUUUCCCUUUUCCGCGAGAUGAAAAUGAAUGUGAGAGAGAUCCAUUCCAGAAAACCUCAACUUUAUCGUACUCGAAUCUCUGAUGAAUUCAAGGAAACAAAACGUGUAAUUCUUAUUACCUCUGAUGUGUCAGCUCGAGGGAUGAAUUAUCCUGAUGUUACACUUGUUAUUCAGGUUGGUCUUCCUGUUGAUCGAGAGCAGUAUAUACACCGGCUUGGAAGAACUGGGCGAGAAGGCAAAGAAGGAGAAGGUAUCCUGUUGCUUGCGCCUUGGGAACAAUAUUUCUUGGAUGACAUAAAAGACCUCCCCAUGGAAAACUGGCCAGUUCCACAUCUUGAUCCUCGUGUUAAAGUCAAGAUGGAAGAAGCAAUGGAAAAGAUGGAUACUAGUGUCAAAGAAGCAGCUUAUCACGCUUGGCUUGGUUAUUACAACUCUGUCAGGGAAAUAGGCAGAGAUAAGACGACACUUGUCGAGUUAGCUAACCACUUUAGCGAGUCUAUUGGUUUGCAAAAGCCUCCUUCACUAUUCCGUAGAACAGCUCUAAAGAUGGGAUUGAAAGAUAUUCCUGGCAUCCGGAUACGAAAGUAGCUCAGGGUUUUUUGUCUUACGUUAAAAG